AUGCGGGGAGGGAAGGUGGUGGGGAAGUGGAGCGAGGAAAUUGGAGCUGGGCAGAGCAGCGGAGGGGAGGAGGAAACUCCAAUUGAUGCUUACAAAGAUUCUGAAGACAGGAAUCGGAUAUGGUAUUUUCCUGAGCAUGACUUCACUCUGAAAAUGGUGUGGUCAAUAUUUCUGGUAGUUGGCAAAGAGAGAAUUGUAAAUGGCUCAUCUUCCGGCGUGUUUGAUUUGCACCUUGACAAUGUUGAUGAGAAAUGGACCAGAGAACUCCCCAUUUUAGACUACGCUAUCAUAUCAACAGCUCACUGGUUCUUUCGGCCAAUUUACUUGCACGAAGCCGCCAAUGUAAUCGGAUGCGUAUAUUGCAGCGAACCAAAUGUAACCAAAUAUGAUGUUGUGGACGCCCUCGGAAUGUCCUUCAAAGCCACAUUCAAAUACAUCAACAACUGCGAGAGAUGCAGCAGGAAGUUAGUUACAUUGCUGAGGACAUUUUCGCCUUCCCAUUUUGAGAAUGGAACUUGGAACACUGGAGGAAUCUGCAACAGGACAAGCCCCUAUGACGAAAGAGAUAUCGAAUCCGAAGCUAAUGAAUGGAAAUUAAGAAACAUUCAGGUUGAAGAAAUUGAAAGAGCUAGAAAAGAAGGUAAAAAACAUGGCAAAAAGUUUGAGAUUUUGGAUGUGACAAGGGCUAUGCUUAUGAGACCUGAUGGGCAUCCUGGAGCAUUCUGGGGAAACAAAUGGAUGAAGGGUUAUAAUGACUGUGUUCAUUGGUGCUUGCCGGGUCCAAUUGAUGUAUGGAGUGAUUUCUUAAUGGCGAUUCUUGCAAAGGAGGUUGGCUUAAAUUUUUUCUCUUAGAGGCGAGCUAGUAUAUAAUACUUCUCAAAUUUUCUGUAGGCAUAUAUAUCAUAUACCAUUCUUUUGUCCAGAGAAAAUAUUCUUAUAUAGGACAUAUACCACUUCAUAAUAAAUUGUUUUUGCAUAGCGGAAUUAUUAUCCAUGAAUCCAUGGUGAAAAUGUUGAGAUUAUAUUAAGCUAGAUUUAUUUUAUUGACCAAAUAUGGUGUAAAU